AAUCUGGGCAGAUCCCCUCUUCCCCCCUUUUAGGACCAGCCCUCGGGAUUCUGUUACCGCACGAGGAGCCUGUGAAAGUGAUCCUCGCCUUCCCGCUGCACACAAAGGCAGGAGCUCUUUAAGGGAGCCAACUGCCUGCUCCUCCGCACCGCUGCAAACCAGGGCUCCCGUGGGCUCAGCCACCCAAGCUUCUGCCUGACCAUGAGUGGGGAGGGAUCUUGAGGAGUCUCCCCCUCCCCCCCAGGACAUCCCAGAGCGGGGCAGGGAGGAAGCAGACCGUCUGCGCGGAUGGAGACCGCUGGCCCCCGGGGAUCGGAUUAGGAUUAGCCGCUGCUCGGGAUGCUCAGCGCGCUGCUGGAGCAUCCUGCCUGCGGUCCAGAGGGCGCGGGCAGCGCACGCUGCGGAAUGCCUGCGUGGAUUUGACCCAGCGCCCAGAGGCGAGCGAGCCCGCAUUCGGACACGGACACGGCGGACGGGCUUCCGGCCGGGUUGCGUGCAGGCAGCAGGCACGCUCAGCUCCAGGCGGCUGCGGAAGCCUCAGGGCUGCAUGGCUUUGGCUGUUUAAAGCAGCGGAGAUUCCUCCCCCGGAGGAUCGGAGAGCUCGAUCCGCGCUCCAGCUGUGACAACUUCGGGGCUGGCUGUUUACUUCUGAGGGCUCCGGGCUCCGUCCUGCACUGCAGCCGCUCCCGCCCGCUCCCCGUCUGCCGCCAGGACCCCCUUGCUGGCAUCCCCAGGAAGGGGGCCAAGGAGGGGUUAAAAGACGUGCAGAAACCCUCCCAGCUACUCAACCUCUCGUGACUGCCUGGGGUCGGGGGUUCUGAGAGGGACCGUGCGCCGCCCGGGGAAGCGAUGCAAGUCUCCAUAGCCUGCACAGAGCACAAUCUGAAGAGCCGGAAUGGUGAGGACCGACUUCUGAGCAAGCAGAGCUCCAACGCCCCCAAUGUGAACGCAGCCCGGGCCAAGUUCCGCACGGUCGCUAUCAUCGCUCGCAGCCUGGGGACCUUCACCCCUCAGCACCACAUUUCUCUCAAAGAGUCCACCGCCAAGCAGACUGGCAUGAAAUAUAGGAAUCUUGGAAAAUCAGGACUCAGAGUUUCUUGCUUGGGUCUUGGAACAUGGGUGACAUUUGGAGGUCAAAUUUCAGAUGAGGUUGCCGAACGGCUGAUGACGAUCGCCUACGAAAGCGGAGUUAACCUUUUUGAUACUGCCGAGGUCUACGCUGCUGGAAAGGCUGAAGUGAUUCUGGGGAGCAUCAUCAAGAAGAAAGGCUGGAGGAGGUCCAGCCUGGUCAUAACAACUAAACUCUACUGGGGUGGAAAAGCUGAAACGGAAAGAGGGUUGUCAAGAAAACAUAUAAUCGAAGGACUGAAGGGCUCCCUCCAGAGGCUGCAGCUGGAGUAUGUGGAUGUCGUCUUCGCAAAUCGACCAGACAGUAACACCCCCAUGGAAGAAAUUGUCCGAGCCAUGACACACGUGAUAAACCAGGGCAUGGCGAUGUACUGGGGAACCUCGAGGUGGAGCGCUAUGGAGAUCAUGGAAGCCUACUCUGUAGCAAGACAGUUCAAUAUGAUCCCUCCGGUGUGUGAGCAAGCCGAGUACCAUCUUUUCCAGAGAGAGAAAGUGGAGGUUCAGUUACCGGAGCUCUACCAUAAAAUAGGAGUUGGAGCAAUGACUUGGUCUCCACUGGCCUGCGGCAUCAUCUCGGGGAAAUACGGAAACGGGGUACCUGAGAGCUCCAGGGCUUCUCUGAAGUGCUACCAGUGGUUGAAAGAAAGAAUUGUGAGUGAAGAAGGGAGAAAACAGCAGAACAAGUUAAAGGACCUCUCUCCAAUCGCUGAGCGGCUGGGCUGCACGCUCCCUCAGCUCGCUGUCGCCUGGUGCCUGCGGAACGAGGGUGUGAGCUCCGUGCUCCUGGGGUCCUCCACUCCCGAACAGCUCAUCGAGAACCUCGGUGCCAUUCAGGUUCUCCCAAAGAUGACAUCACAUGUGGUAAAUGAGAUUGAUAACAUAUUACGCAACAAGCCCUACAGCAAAAAGGACUACAGAUCAUAAGGCAACGAAUGCAUGAGCCACCGGAGCUGCAUGGUUCAAAUAUCGGUCUAUACCGGUACAGAAAGGUGUUCCUAGCCAGUCUUUUAAAUCACUUAGCAGCCGCUGCUCAACCUCUAGUGUCCCCGGAUUCUGAGGUGUCUGCUGUCGCCACCACUGUGCACCUGAAUUAUGAGCACAUCUGAAAACUCACAACUAAGAAAAUCCAUUCUAUUUUCUUAUCGUGGACUGGAGUCACCUAUUCUUGCAUUGCUCUGUACACUUCAUGCUAAUGCAAUGGAAAGCAUAUGGCAGGGAAAGGAGAAUUACCUUCAGGCAUAUAACUUAAAGAAGGCUACACAGAUAGAUCUGUUUUUUCAAAUGAACAAAAUCCAGAUACAAUGAGGAUUGUGUGAGAAAGAAGAGGCUAUGUUAAUUCUGAAGUCCUGCUUGGGAAAAUAAGCAAAAGCAAUUUUACAUUUGUUUUCCUAUUUUCACAUUCCAGUUGUUAGUAAGCUGCUUCCCUUAUCAUUUUCAACAAAAUAAAAUUCCUAGGUAUUUGCUUUUGUUACCUUUUAAAUAUUCAGUGUCGCUUGGCCC